AUGGAAAAUGGGACAUAUUUUUACUUGAUGUUGUUUGAAAAUCUAGGAUACAUAAGAUAUGCUUUCUUCAGUUUAGGAUUUAUUCUGUACUGUGCUAUCAUGUUAUUUAAUGUCCUUAUUAUGCUUGCAAUAUUUCUGGAAAGGACUUUACACCAGCCCAUGUACAUUCUGAUUUCAUGUUUGUCUUUCAACUCUGUGUUUGGAACAGCUGGCUUUUUCCCAAGAGCACUGACAGACUUGCUGUCUGAUACACACUCAAUCUCCCUUGAAGCAUGUAUCUUACAGUCUGUUGUAAUUUUCACGUAUGCCGCAAAUGAAUAUACAAUAUUAAUGUUAAUGGCAUUUGACAGACUUACUGCAAUCAGUAAACCUUUACGGUAUCACAACAUAAUUACACCAAGGUUUUUGAUUGUUUCAGUAAGUAUAAACAUGGCUUUUCCAAUGAUUUUACUUAGUAUUUGUGGUCUUUUAAGUACAAAACUGAGAAUGUGUGGUAACAAAUUGUUUAAAGUGUACUGCCACAACUAUGAAGUAGUCAAGCUUUCUUGCGAAAGCACAAUAAUUACUAAUGUUUUUGGCUUGUUAAUAUUAAUCACAACUAUUGUAAUCCCUUUAAGUUUGAUAUUAUAUUCUUAUGUAAAAAUUCUUAUUGUUUGUCAAAGAAGCUCAUCACAGUUCAAGGGCAAAGCUUAUCAAACUUGUAUUCCACACAUAGUGGUCCUUUUGAAUUUCUCAAUUGCUGUUAUUUCUGAGGUCACUUUGAGUCGAGUUGUCACCUUAGAACUUCCUAUAUGGCUGUCAGUUUUUCUUUCUCUGGGGUUCCUUAUUAUUCCACCCAUCCUGAACCCUCUUGUUUAUGCUUUUAACCUGCCUGAUAUUCGCAAAAAAAUAAUUUGUCUUCUAAACCCCUCCAGGUAG